UUCUCAUCCAAGAAGCUUCUUCAGCUCUCACUGAAGAAGAAUGCAAAUGUCCAGCUGUCUGCAAAUGAUGUGUUCAGAGUCAAGACAUCACAGAGUUCAUUCCAAAAUGCCUCCCUCCCAAUCAGGCGCGGCUUGGCUGUUGCCGGCUGUCAGUCGUAAGUCGAGGACCUGCGGCCGGUCAUAAGUCGAGGACUUUAGGACCGGUCGCAGGCUUAUUCUUUUUGUACAGUUUUUACAAACAAAGCAAUAAGCAUAUAGCAACAGUAUUAUAAUUGGCUCCUUCUCCUUGUCAAUCUCUAAGACCAUCCCAGCCAGGGCAGAGGCUUCACAUAACUCAAUAGUUCCUGACUCCAAGUCUUUAACACCCAAAAAUGAGUGCCCCAAAAAAAGCCAAGACAGAUAGUGGAAGAUCAUUCCAAGAGGCCUGGACAGAGUCAUUCGGAGUAAUUGAACACAGUGGGAAAGCAUUGUGUACUUUGUGUAAUGAAAGUGUUGUGUGUCGCACAUCAAGCGUCAGACGGCACUUGGACACCAAACACAAAAGUGUCGCCGAACUUGGUGCCACUGAAAGAAGAGAAUUUCUUGAAAGGAAAUUGAGAAAAUAUCAUUCCCAGCCUCUUAGUUGUCCCAACUAUCUUUCCAAGACAAAUCACCUGACAGCUGCCAGUUUUCAAAUUUCACUCUGCAUAGCAAAACAUGGCAAGCCCCUCUCUGAUGGGGAUAUUAUCAAAACAGCCAUGUUGUCUCGGUGCAAUUCCAUUUUUCAUGAUUUCCCAAACAAGGAUAAAAUUGUUAAACGCAUCUCUGAGGUGCCACUUAGCAGAAACACUGUUAAAGAUCGAGUCCAGCGCAUGGCAAGUGAUGUUAGCCAGCAGCUCACCACUGACUUGCAAAAGGCAGCCUGUUACUCCAUGUGCUUGGAUGAAAGCACAGAUGUAAAUAAUCACGCGAGGCUAGCAAUAAUUUUGCGUUACGCUGUUGGUGACAUCAUGAGAGAAGAGCUGGUGAAACUGGUGUCUUUGCCUGAAAGAACACAAGGGAUAGAUAUCUACAAUGCUGUGAUGGAGGCUUUUUCGUCACAAGACAUAAGACCAGAAAAAGUGGUUUCAAUUACUAGUGAUGGGGCACCUUCUAUAGUGGGGCCAGCAUCUGGUUUCAUACAGUUGUUUGUUAAAGAAAUAAAGCAUCAAGUCAUUCAGUUCCAUUGCAUUAUACACCAGGAAGCUCUUUGUGCCAGGGAAAGCAGCAAAAAUUUUGACAUUGUCCUCAAAGAUGUCAUAAAAAUGGUGAAUUACAUCAUGGCUCAUGCUCUGGAUUUUCGACAGUUUAAAGCACUUCUUGAGGAGGUAGAGGCACAGUAUAAUGGUUUACUUAUGUACAAUAACGUCCGGUGGCUGAGCAAAGGACGAGUCCUGGAGAGAUUUGUAGCCUGCUUGGAUGAAAUUAGGCUGUUUAUGAAUGAGAAAGGGCAGGAAUAUCCACAGCUCACUGAUAUGGCCUGGCUUACCAACCUCAUGUUUUUUACAGAUUUUACAGCACACUUCAGUGUGUUGAACAAACAACUUCAAGGUGUAGGGAAAACAGCAGAAAGGAUGCUUUGUGACAUCAAAACGUUUGAGAGAAAACUGCAGGUUUUUGAAAGAGACCUUGGAGGUGGGCAGCUGAAAUAUUUUCCAAAUCUAAAAUUGCAUUUGGAAAAUUCUGUAAUGUUUGCAGGCAAUCCUAGAAGCCAUCGGGAAAUCUACAAGGAGUUUUCUGGCAUUGUAGCAGCUGCAAAGGUGAAUUUAAGUAACAGGUUUUUACAGUUCCGUAAGAUGGAGACAACCCUGGGUUUUCUUACUUCUCCAGAUAAAGCCAAAUUUGAAGAACUUGAUCUUUCCCACUUACACUGGUUAGAUUUAGAAAAUCUGGAAAUGGAGCUAUUGGAAUUUCAAGAGAACUCCAUGUGGAAAAAUAAAUUCUAUGUCCUGCGAGAAACACUUGAGAAGAUAGAAAGGAUGAUGAAGGAGAGCACAGUUACUUCUGACAGAGUCACAGGUGCUUCUGAAAAUAAAAUCCUUACAGUGUGGAAUUCUCUGCCAAAUAAUUUCAAGUCAAUGAAAACACUCGGGAUUGCUUUCCUUACAUUGUUUGGAUCAUCUUCUGCUUGUGAGGAGCUGUUUUCAGCUUUGAAUUACAUCAAAUCUGACACCAGAAACAGAAUAACAGAUGACCUGAGUGCUGCGUGUGUUGCUCUGAAACUUACAAAGUAUGAGCCAAGGUUAGAAAAAUUAUCAGUGUGCAUGCAACAGCAAAAGUCACAUUAAUCAAAAGCAUGCCAAAUGCAACGUUUUUACCCUUCAAUAAAGUUGUUCGUAUCAUUGAAA